AUGGCAGACAACCCCAGCCAGACAGAACCCUCAGGCGAGCCUCAAGACCCAUACAAGCAGCAGACGACUGAGGAAACCCACACGUCCAUGGUCCGGGACGAGCGAAGCCCCUAUCUUCUCACAUCUUCUGCCUGGCAACGACUCCCGCCGCCGCGGCCCGAUCCGACAAACCGGUCCCUGCACGAUGCUUGCGUUGUCGGCGAAUUUGAGCGAGUUGGGUUGCCCAUCCUGCCAACCACGACAAGGCCUACGUACGAUAUCGUGUACUCCAAGAUCGAAUUGCUCUUGCCAGCCGACGAGGGCCAGAAAAAUAUCGUAAAGGACAAGACAUUGAUGAUUCAGACAACGAUCGAGACGCUCAUCAACGGCGACGAUUCAGAGAGCUCGGGCUCUGCACAACGCUACAGCAUAUCCUACUUCGUAAGAAGCGGAAGGGGUCAGGCCCGCGCUCCCCCGAGGACUCGGGGCGAUACCAUCCUCUGCUCCUCCUUCUGGAACGGAAUACAAUGGGUCGAGGGGAAGCAAAUGGCUGGCGUGGUAAUGAUAGAGGUGCACGAGGACGAUUCGGCGGGGGUCGAAAUUCUGUCGCGGGAUAACAGUUCUCUGUCGGCAAAGAAGCUGCGUAUUGCAGACAGUCGACGUCCAUACCCGUCUGCGGCGCGCGAGAACCAGAGAGACCGUCUACGUGAGGGCUCGCGGGUACACCCGGAUGCCGUCGUACUGUGGCCGUCUGUUCUGGAAGGUUUCUGCUUCAACUGCAAAUGGAGCCCUCUCGAUCGUUUCGAUCGUUUUGGCGGCGCGUUUAAAGGAGCGCAUGCUUCAGAGAUAUACUUCGACAGCGCUUCUUCCCUCUUUGCAAAUCGUACCGUACGAGCCAUGGCGUCACGUUCUUGCAGCCGCUUCCAGAUUUCGUCUACGGAAGGUUUCCAAGUGGCGGGUGGUUUCGUGGCACUGUAUGGGUCAGCAGUGUUCGCUAGUGUGGCGGUUUACUCACAAUGGAACAAGAUUGACGACGCCAUGCAGCGCCAUGAGAUGGAUGCGAGCGCCCAAGUCGAGUUCCUCUGUUUCCGCCCCGAACACAACGGACUGGAAGGAUGGUGCUGGGGUGGAGUCAUCAAGCUUCGUCCGGAUUUGCGCUUGAACGCAACACGGGAAGCUGGAGAUCAACGCGACACAGGCAUCAACAAGCUGUUUGUGGUCAGCAACGCCGAAAAGCUUGCGUGGCGCUGCCCGUACCUUCGAAUGCACUCCGGCAUCAUCCUUCCAAUGAUCAUUGACACAAAUUGCCAGUAUGUCGCUGACGAGGGCGAUUGGAUUGGCGCCCAUGAUGCAAGAGGGCAUCCGGACGACUUCGGCUACGCACACACCAUCGCCGGCGUCCCACCCGAGCCACCGUUUGGAUGCGAAGCUGCAGCCUGCAUCGCCUUCCCCUCUGGGCGGAACUCGUAA